CAACAAUACUGUCUCUCUUUGUGUUUCUCUUAGGUCUUCCACUCAUCUCCUUCCCUGGGACCAGCAGCCAAGUCUUGUCAACUGACACUAAAAAGACCUGUUUGCACUGGUCUCCAGCCCUGGUUCCCCUUUGAACUUAGUGUCACCCUUGCUACUCCUUGAUCUGGCCUGUCUACCCUCUCCCCUCACCACUUCUUCCAAGAGACUUGAUAGAAGUCGGUAGAGAUUAGAAUCCUCAGGCCUGGGCCACUCCUCCAUUGCCAACCUUGGGAUUCUGAAACAGACUAUUUUCUUAUCAAAUGUGUUUGUUUCAAGCCAGACCCCCUCUUGACUUUCUGGAAACGGGAGACUAUGGUCCCAGGUGCCAGGGACUUGUCCUUGAGGAUCCUGGGUCCUGGGCUACUACCUGUUGAGCAUGAAGCCCUAGGAGAGCCAAGCUUGGUGUCAGCCAGAGACCACAGAGCCCUGACUGUGAAGUUUCUCACCAAGAGGUUUAUCAGCGAAUAUGACCCCAAUUUGGAGGACACCUACAGCUCUGAGGAGACUGUGGACCACCAACCUGUCCACCUGAGGGUCAUGGACACUGCAGAUCUGGACACCCCCAGGAACUGUGAGCGCUAUCUAAACUGGGCCCAUGCCUUCCUGGUGGUAUACAGUGUCGACAGUCGCCAGAGUUUUGAGAGCAGCAGCAGCUACCUGGAGUUGCUGGCCUUGCAUGCCAAGGAGACGCAGCGCGGCUACCCUGCCCUGCUGCUGGGCAACAAACUGGACAUGGCCCAGUACAGGCAGGUCACCAAGGCUGAGGGUGCGGCCUUGGCAGGCAGGUUCGGGUGCCUGUUUUUUGAGGUCUCUGCCUGCCUGGACUUCGAGCAUGUGCAGCAUGUCUUCCAUGAGGCGGUGCGGGAGGUGCGGCGGGAACUGGAGAAGAGCCCCGCGGCCCGGCCCCUCUUCAUCUCUGAGGAGAAAGCCCUGUCUCACCAGACCCCGCUCACAGCCCGACAUGGGCUGGCCAGCUGCACUUUCAACACUCUGUCCACGAUCAGCCUGAAGGAGAUGCCCACUGUGGCCCAGGCCAAGCUGGUCACUGUGAAGUCAUCCCGGGCCCAGAGCAAGCGCAAGGCACCCACCUUGACCCUACUGAAGGGCUUCAAGAUCUUUUGAGGACCCUUCUAUAGGAACCUCAGGCUCGGCUGAGGCUUGGGGCUGCAGGGCAGGGGCUGCCUUGCCUUCCGAUGUACCAGAGGCCCUUAUGCUCGGGUCCAUAGCAGACUCCACCUCCAGCACCAAGCAGUCCCCACACGCUCACUGUGUGAGCCAGAGGACACGCAGGUAUGCUGCUCUGAGUCCCUCCAGGCCUUGGGCUUCAUGGUAACCUCUGCAUCCACCACCCUGGAGAGAAGCUGCCCCUGUUACCAACCAGAGACCUGGAACCAAGAGCGAGCAGAAAGGAACUGCGGUGCAUAUCCUGUGCCAUGACUCUUGCCUGCUCCAGCCACUGCUAGGCCCGCUGCAGCCCCGGUUCAAAGCAGCUUUAUCUAUGUGAAGGCUUGUAGCAGGCUACAGGAUGGCUGGCCCUGGGGCCCUACUGCCACCUGGUGGUAGAAAGAGGUAGGGCAGUUGUCCGGAGGCCCAAAGCUGGUGCCUCCCGUGUCUUCUGAUGUCUUAAAACCCCAGGCUACAAACCUUACAGUUUAUCCAAGAAAAAUCCGGCUAAAAUAAUCCUAUGGGAAAGCCUGGAUACGGCAAUGAAAUCUGGAUGGGAGCAUUUCAGCACUUGCCUCUCAGUGAAGGGUGCAGAGAGGGGCUGUGGAUUGUCCAGGCUAGUGGGGAGCCUCCAGCAUUUUUUUUCACUAGCCUUUGGGGACUUUUGUGACCACUUUAUUAGUAGACCCGCCCCCGCCCCCUCGGAUCACCCUUCUUGACCUUAAUGACGAAGGCUGCAGAAAGUCAUUCUACACAGGUAGGUGUAGUCUGGUUUGGUUGGACCUAGAACCCUCAGCAAUGGAUCUGAGUUUUCAAAGCUCACUUUGGGAAGAUAGAUCCCAAUGUGUUUGGGAUUAAUAAGGUGGACUUUGGCAUCAACCAUUUGGUGUUUUACCAGGUCUCGGAUGUGAGAAGGCUGUCCAGCUACAGCUGUUUCUUACUGUUUACCACAAACUCUAGAUGAGCUGGUUCAGGAGGGGCAUUAGAUGGGCUGAGCCAGGCAUCCUAACCUAGGAAGUCUGCUCCUUCCACACCCAGCCAACAGACGAAGGAGCUUGGACUGAAAAGAUCUCUAACCCAGUCUUCAGCUCUAUUCUGUAUCUGGAGAUGCUGAGGUCAGGAGGAGGCUGUGAACUACUCAAGAGCAUGUACCACAAGCCCUGGCACUGAUCCUGACCAACAGGCCAGAUCUGAACUUUGUACUGUUUAUUUCUUUGAGACAGAGUCUCUUUAUUAUGUAGCUUUGGCUGUCCUGGAACUCGCCCAGGCUUGAGUUGAACUCACAGAGAUCCACCUGCCUCAGCCUUCCAAGUGCUAGAAUUAAGGCUUCCACCACACACACGACUUUGUACAUUUGAUCCAAGCCACUUGUGUGCUGGGGAAUAUUAUUUUAAGCUAUUGGUUUAUGUUGCAUUUGUUUAACUCUGUGAAGCUGUGUUACUGUGCCUGUCUAAAACACCUGAUGGUCUAAUAAAGAACUGAACAACCAAUAGGGAGGAAGGAGAAAGGAUGGGUGGGGCUGGCAGGCAGAGAGGAUAAAUAGGAGAAAACUGGGGGAAAGAGAGAGAGAGAAGUAGCCAGAGAAGGAGGUGGACUCCAGGGACCAGCUACCCAGCAAGCCAUGGAAUAAGAGUAAGAUUUACAGAAGUAAGAAAACAGGAAAAUCCCAGAGGCAAAAGGUAGAUGGGAAUAAUUUAAGAAAAGCUGGCUAGAAACAAGCCAAGCUAAGGCUGGGCAUUUAUAAUUAAGAAUAAGCCUCUGUGUGUGAUUUAUUUGGGAACUGGGUGGCGGGCCCCCAGAAAGAUCAAAACAAACACCAACACUUGUGUGCGCUUCAGAGACUACCAUCGUUUGAACCAACCAUACACUUCCAACUGCCCACCUGGAGAAGCAUUUUAAUAAAAGACUUUUUUUAAAUAAUGAA